AACCAAAACAGAACCGGAGAACGAAUCCGAUCCGCUUCGCCAUCUGGCGUUAGGGUUGGGAUCCAUAAGCUCGCGGAUUAGGGUUAGGGUUUGGUGGCGAUCCGUAUUCUUGUGGAAUUUGAUUCGAUUUCGUCGGGAUCAGGCUCGCCCUGGCGACGGAUUCUGGUGUUUCUUGUUGAUUUCUGGCGGAGGAACCGAUGAAUGAUCCGUCCCAGAUGAUGAACCGGGGCUUCGGAAUCUGGCCGCCUCCGGCGGAUGAUCCGAUGGGCUUCCCGCCCCUGCCCCGUCCGCCGCCGUUCGCUGCCGGCGCUGGGGGUGGUAAACCGAGCCGGAUGAACUGGAAGGGGAAGAAGGUCGCCGACAAGCGGAAGAAGGCUGACGGGGGAGUCGUCGGCCCGGCUGGCGGCGGCGUCUCCGGCUACAACCCCCUCGGCCUCGGCGAGCACCAGUUCCAGAACCGCGCCAAGGCCCGAAGGUUCUAUCCCAAGAAGAAGUUCGUGCGCUUUGCCCCUUUCGCUCCCCGGAACACGACCUCCUUCAUCAUGCGCGCCAAGAAGGCCGGCGGGAUCGCGUCGUUGGUGUCGCCGUGCCCAGUUACGCCGACGAUCCUCCCGACGCCCAGCUUCUCUCCGACCCGUGAGGGCCUCGUCGACAUGGCCAAGGAGGAGUGGGGCGUCGACGGGUACGGUUCGAUGAAGGGCCUGAUCCGGCUCCGCUCGCCCAACGGCUACGAGAUCCGGGCGGGAGGCGGGGAGGAGGAGGACGAGCUCGACGAAGUGUCGAGCGACAGCGAUGUUGACCAGUACCUGGAUCAGCAGCACCAAGAAGUCGAGCGGCGUCUGGACCAUGAUGUGAGCCGGUUCGAGAUGGUGUACCCCGGGGAGGAACACGGGUCGGGCGCCACUGCCUGUUUGCUGGAGAACAGGGUGGAUAACCAGGACACUCACAUUGCGAGGCUGGAGGAAGAGAACUUUAUGCUAAAGGAGAGGCUUUUCCUGAUGGAGAGGGAGAUGGGAGACCUCAGGAGGAGGCUGCAAUUGCUGGAGACUAGGUGCCACCUGGGGGAGGAACACCAUAAGGAUAGCGGCGAUGGUAACAAUAGGGACGUCAGGAAUGAAAACAGGAGCACUAAUGAGGAGGCUUCAGAGAACGAGGAGGGCGGGGAUGUGUGUUCCGACAGGAUUGCUGAAGACUGUCAUGAGAGUGGCGGCAUCCCGAUGCCCGAGUGAGAGAUGAUGGUGGAGGACAUGGAAGGGAAGGGGUGAAAAUGGUUCUUGUUGUGUACAUACACUAGUUUUUCAUGUGAAGUCUUCUUUUGAUGCUUUUAGUUUAUGUGUAGAAUGAUAAGCACUCGGAUGCCAAGUAGACUAAUGUGUAGUAACUAUGGAAUCAUAAGGAAACUAUGUGACUACCAGGAUCAGAGAAUUGGUUCCUAUUCUAUGUUUCUGAUAUAUAUCUUUUUUCCUUUUCGACCAA